AUGGAGAGAUCCGACAGCAUUUCUCUGCGCAGCAUUGAGGCCUCUCAGCCUCAAGAACAGGCCACCGACAAGAACGAGGCCAAAGACAACAGUCAAGGUGUAACAAUCGCAGCUCCAGCUUCCCAAUACCCAUCAGGGAUUAAAUACUAUCUCGCAGUUGCAACCUUGUGUCUGGCAAUCUUCCUCGUCACCUUGGACAGCACCAUCAUCGCGACGGCGACGCCGUAUAUCUCCGACGACUUCCACUCUCUCGGGGAUGUCGGCUGGUACAGUAGCGUCUACACCAUGGUCAUCUGCACGACCCAACUCCUCUUUGGCAAACUCCUCGCCCGCUACUCCGUCCGUUGGAUAUACAGCAUCUCAAUGCUCUUCUUCCUCGUAGGCUCCGCCGUCUGCGGCGCCGCGCCCAACUCCCACUCCCUCAUCAUCGGCCGCGCCCUGGCCGGCGUAGGCUGCUCAGGUCUCCUAGUCGCUGCCUUCUCUCUCGUCCCGAUCCUCGUCGCCCCAGCCAAACGCCCUAUCAUCCUCGGUCUUCUCUCAGGCUCCCGCGGACUCGCCACAACAUUUGGACCCUUGAUCGGAGGAGUCCUCACUGAAAAGGUCUCCUGGCGGUGGAAUUUCUACAUCAACCUCCCCAUAGGCGCCGUCAUCCAAAUUGCCUUCUUCCUUCUAGUCCAUCCGCCCAAACGAGACCACGAAGCUUUCACCUCCUGGACGGAGUUCCUCAGGACCCUCGAUCUAUUCGGUCUCGUGGCUCUUCUUCCAUCCAUCGUCUGCCUCCUCCUAGCCCUGCAAUGGGGCGGCCUCAAAUACGCCUGGCAAGACGCCCGUAUCAUUGUACUGCUAGUCCUAGCAGGCAUCCUCGCCAUUGCAUUCAUCAGCGUCGAAAUCUGGCAAGGCCCCAAAGCCAUGCUCCCCUCGCGAGUCUUCACCCAACGCACCGUCUCAGCAGCAUCCUUCUUUGGUUUCUGCACUGUCAGCGCCAUCUUCGUGCUCACUUACUACCUCCCCAUCUGGUUCCAAGGCGUCAAAUCCGCCACCCCCAUCCAAUCCGGAAUCUGGACCCUACCCUGGGUUAUAACCAGCACGAUCGUCUCCCUAGCCGGCGGGAUCCUAAUGUCCAAAAUUAUCUUCGCCGUGUCGUCGAGUCUAUGUAGUGUGACCCCGUUGAUGGUGGCGCAGCAGGCCCUGCCAUUGAAGGAUAUUCCUAUUGGGUCGGGGUUGGUGAUGUUUUCGCAGACAGUGGGAGCGUCUAUAUUUGUUGCCGUCGCCCAAGCCCUCUUCACGAAUGAGCUGAGUGCCGGGUUGGAGGGCACUGCUGUCGGUGAUGGACUUGACGUGAGUAGGUUAUUGUCUGGUGGGAUUUCGACUCUUACGGAGGGGCUGUCGGGGCAAGGGAAGCGGGCGGUGUUGGUGGUGCUGAAUGAGGCGUUGACGAGGUCGUGGCAGCUCGCGGUGGUGUUGGAAUGCGUGGCGGUGAUUGGGGUGUUGGCGGUGGUGCAUGGGAUGAGGAUGAAGAGGGCGGGUAGUAGUACUUCGUUGUAG